GACUUCUUGACCGAUUUGGUGAUGUCUGAGGUAGAUCGUUGUGGAGAGCAUGAUGUCUUGAUCUUCAGGGAGAACACACUUGCUACCAAAGCUAUUGAGGAAUACCUAAAGUUGGUAGGGCAGAAGUAUCUUCACGAUGCGCUAGGGGAGUUUAUCAAGGCUUUGUACGAGUCAGAUGAAAACUGUGAAGUGGAUCCCAGCAAAUGUUCAUCUAGUGAAUUAACAGAUCAUCAGAGCAACCUGAAAAUGUGUUGUGAGCUGGCCUUCUGCAAGAUUAUCAACUCUUACUGCGUGUUCCCUCGUGAGCUGAAGGAGGUAUUUGCAUCUUGGAAGCAGCAGUGCCUGAGCAGGGGCAAGCAGGACAUCAGUGAACGCCUGAUCAGUGCCUCCCUUUUCCUCCGCUUCCUGUGCCCCGCUAUCAUGUCCCCCAGUCUCUUUAGCCUCAUGCAGGAGUAUCCUGACGACCGGACAUCUCGCACCCUCACACUUAUUGCUAAAGUCAUUCAGAAUCUCGCCAACUUUGCUAAGUUCGGUAAUAAGGAAGAGUAUAUGGCCUUCAUGAAUGACUUUUUGGAACAUGAGUGGGGAGGAAUGAAGCGUUUUCUCCUGGAGAUCUCUAAUCCAGAUACCAUUUCAAACAUGCCUGGAUUUGAGGGCUACAUCGAUCUGGGCAGAGAGCUCUCAGUUUUGCAUUCCCUCUUAUGGGAGGUUGUGUCCCAACUUGAUAAGGGUGAAAAUUCCUUCCUACAGGCGACCGUGGCAAAACUGGGACCUCUUCCUCGUAUUCUUGCCGAUAUCACCAAAUCAAUGACCAACCCCACGCCAAUACAGCAGCAGCUGAGGCGUUUCACUGAGCACAGCUCUAGUCCAAACGUCAGUGGCAGUCUCUCCUCAGGGCUUCAGAAGAUAUUUGAGGACCCCGCUGAUGGUGACUUGCAUAAGCUGAAGUCUCCAACCCAGGAAAAUGUAGAUGGAUAUUUUAGGGGCAAGACCUUACUGUUGUCCACCCAGAGCAUGACUUACUCAGAUAAGGAUGAAAGGGAAAGCGUCUUGCCCAACGGACGUAGCAUCUCUCUCAUGGACCUCCAAGAUCCUCACACGGCUCACAGUGACCAUGCUUCUAUUAUGCACGAUGUGCCUUUGCGCUUGGCCGGCAGCCAGCUCUCUGUCACACAGGUGGCAAACAUCAAACAGCUGUGGGAAACUCAGAGCACACCCCAGAGUGCUCCCCAGGUGAGAAGGCCUCUGCACCCAGCUUUGAACCAACAGGGCAGCCUCCAGCCCCUGUCAUUCCAGAACCCGGUUUACCAUCUUAACAACCCAACCCCACCGAUGCCUAAGGCCUCUGUGGACUCCAGCCUGGAGAACCUGAGCACGGCCAGCUCCCGGAGCCGAAGCAACAGUGAAGACUUUAAACUUAGUGGACCCAGCAACAGCAGCAUGGAGGACUUCACCAAGCGCAGCACGCAGAGCGAGGACUUCUCACGGCGCCACACGGUCCCAGACAAGCACAUCCCCAUCGCGCUGCCCCGCCAGAACAGCAGCAGCCAAGCACAGAUCCGCAAAAUGGACCAAGCCGGGCUGGGCGCCAGGGCCAAAGCACCUCAGUCCUUGCCGCACAGCGCUUCCUUACGGAGCACGGGCAGCAUGUCGGGAAUGUCCGGGGCCAUGGUGACGGAACCCAUUCAGAAUGGGAGCCGGUCCCGGCAGCAGUCCUCGUCCUCUAGAGAGAGCCCUGUCCCAAAGGUGAGGGCAAUUCAGAGGCAACAAACGCAGCAGGUUCAGUCACCUGUGGACUCAGCCACAAUGUCACCAGUGGAAAGGACAGCUGCGUGGGUUCUCAAUAAUGGACAGUAUGAAGAAGUAGAGGAAGAUGCAGAGCAGAAUCCAGAUGAAGUCAAGCACGCUGAGAAGUAUGAACAAGAGAUAGCGAAGCUGAAGGAGCGCCUGAAGGUGUCAAGCCGACGGCUGGAGGAGUAUGAACGGCGGCUCCUGGUGCAAGAGCAGCAAAUGCAGAAGCUGCUGAUGGAGUACAAGUCUAGGCUGGAAGACAGUGAGGAGAGACUGCGCAGGCAACAGGAGGAGAAGGACAGCCAGAUGAAAAGUAUCAUCAGCAGACUCAUGGCAGUUGAAGAGGAGCUGAAGAAGGAUCAUGCAGAGAUGCAAGCUGUCAUCGAUGCAAAGCAGAAAAUUAUUGAUGCACAGGAGAAGCGGAUCGUGUCCCUGGAUUCUGCCAACACGCGGCUGAUGAGUGCCCUGACGCAGGUGAAGGAGCGCUACAGCAUGCAAGUCCGCAAUGGCAUCUCCCCCACCAAUCCCACCAAGCUUUCCAUCACGGAGAAUGGUGAAUUCAAAAACAGCAGCUGCUAA